AUGUACAUCAGCCCCAUCCUACCGGGAUUCAAUCCCGAUCCCUCUAUUAUCAGGGUUGGGAAGGACUACUUCCUCGUUACAUCCUCAUUCGAAUACUUCCCCGGUGCCCCCAUCUACCACAGCACCGAUCUAAUCCAGUGGACCCUGAUUGGACAUGCCCUCACCCAUCCCAGCCAACUUCAGAUCCAGACCCCCGAGCCAGGUGGUGGUGUAUGGGCUACAACAUUGCGGUAUCACGACGGCGUGUUCUACAUCCUCGCUGCCUCCUUCCAGCGUUAUCGGCCUCAGGAAGAUGACCGGGUCUGGCCGCGGGGAUUCUACGUGAAGACCACAGAUAUCUGGGACUCGAAGUCGUGGUCGGAGCCGGUGUAUUUCGACCAGGUUGGCUUUGAUCAGGAUCUCUUCUGGGACGACGACGGCACCGUCUACCUCUCAAGCACUUAUCGCAAGCUUGAGCGAACACCCGGUGCAAAUAUUAAAGAUUUUGCCGUCCACAUCGUCAGCGUAGACUUGGAAACAGGGUCCUCUACUUCCGAGCCCAAGCUGAUCAGGGAAUCUUCCUCGGGUGUCGCGGAGGGAUCGCACAUCUUCAAACGCGGCAAAUACUACUAUCUUUUCACUGCGGAGGGUGGCACUGAGAGCGGCCAUUGCGAAUGGGUCAGUCGCAGUACUACCGGUCCGUUUGGGCCGUGGGAGGUUGGGCCGAAUAAUCCUCUCUGGCGAAAUGGAGUGGAAGAUGACGUUCAGAAUACUGGACAUGCGGAUCUAGUCGAAGAUGCGCAGGGGCAGUGGUGGGCUGUUUUAUUAGGAGUACGUCCGGUCUGGAAGGAUGGCCAGUGGGAGGAAUCUGUUUUUGGCCGCGAAACCUUCCUAGCUCCAGUAGACUGGGAGGACGACUGGCCAAUUGUCAAUGGUGGCCAGAAAAUCCCCCUUCAUUCCGACAGUCCCCACCUCUAUGAGCUCUCAGUUCCAGUCGCAUGGCGUGAUGACUUUUCAAACAGCGAGCUGCAGCUUGGCUGGUAUCGCAAGAACACACCAGUUGUGCGUGACUACUCUCUUACCGAGCGACCAGGUUACCUUCGCCUCUACGGUGGUCCAUACAAUCUAUCCGUUCCAGCGUGCCCAACACUCUUCCUUCGCAAACAGACCCAUCGGUUCUGUACGUGGGAGACACGACUGUCCUUCCACCCGAGAAACCAGGUAUGCGAAGCUGGUGCAGUGGUGUGGUGGACCUAUUUCACAUACAGCAGCAUCGGGAUUCGCUUGGGGAAAGAUGGCCAGCGUAUUGUUCGGUCACGUUCUCCAGGAGGCGAGGUAGUCGAAUUCGGUCUUCGUCAUUCCCAGUCGGAUGUUCGCUUGGUGAUUGAGUGCGGAGAUAGCUACCGGUUCGGAUUUGAGGAACUUAGCGACGACCAGCCGAAUGAUGCAAUACAGUGGAUUGGCGAAGUCGACAAUAGUAGUAUGAUGGCAGCACCACCCGUGGGAGUGGCUUUUACGGGCAUGAUGCUGGGAUUGUAUGCAUUUGGAGAGCGGCAGCGCUGUCUAGAUCCAGCAGACUUUCAUUACGCGCAGUGGAAAUAG